GAGAACACGAAACGUUUUUCUCUCUGUUAUGUUUGUUUCGAACUAUAAAUACAAUGAGUCUGAAUUGUUUUGGUGAUUUCUGGAGUUAAACUUAAAUAUUUCCGUAAAAACAAUGCCGGCUGUUUCUCUGAAAGGCGUAGACUAAACAUUAGUGGGUGUGCGAUAUAUGUAUUCGUUAUUAUCUACUAUCGCAGAUUAUAGUAGAAACUACCAUCUAGCUUAUCGUUAUCAUUGUGGACAUAGGCUGUUGAUAAUAUGUCGUAAAUUGUUCUUAGAUUAUUUAAUGCGCCAAUAUUGAAACAACACUACUUCGUUGGCUAAGAAAAUGUGUAAAUCAUCAGCAUUUAAGAUCAACAAAAUUAUACAGUGCCUGAAAAACAGUUGAGGAUUAAUAAACCCAUUCCAAAAUGGGAAAUAAAAAUAGUUGUUGCUCUUACUCUAGUCCACAGAGUAGUCAUAGAGAAAGAGUAUUCAUUCCUAUAGAAGAGACUUUACAUGAAGGUGAAAUUAGUACAAGCAAUUUACAGCAUAUCAGUGAACGAGAGACUGAUGAUGGAGAGCUUGACCCAUCCCAGGAUCCAAUGGCAAAGACCAUUUUCAUUGAGAGGUCUAAAACAGCCAUUGAGAAUGGCAUGAUCAGAAGAAAAAGUCAGAAUCAAAUCGCCGAUUUACGCCCCCUGAAGAAAAGUAGUUCGUGUUCAACGAUAUAUUUGGACGAUAGUACAGUAUCCCAACCGAACCUGAAGAAUACUGUGAAAUGUGUGGCUUUGGCGAUCUACUAUCACAUAAAAAAUAGGGAUUCUCAAAGAGAAAUCGACAUUUUUGACGAAAAGUUGCAUCCCUUAACAAGAGAUGGUGUUAGUGAUGAUUAUGAUAAGUAUAAUCCCGAACACAAACAGAUUUAUAAGUUUGUGAGAACUUUAUUUAAUGCUGCUCAGUUGACUGCUGAAUGUGCCAUUAUUACUUUAGUGUAUCUAGAAAGACUGUUAACUUAUGCUGAAUUAGAUAUUCAACCUUCAAAUUGGAAACGAAUAGUUUUAGGUGCAAUCUUAUUAGCUUCCAAAGUUUGGGACGACCAAGCCGUUUGGAAUGUGGACUACUGCCAAAUACUGAAGGACAUAACAGUAGAAGACAUGAACGAACUAGAAAGGCAGUUUCUCGAAUUGCUUCAAUUUAAUAUUAACGUACCCUCAAGUGUCUAUGCCAAAUAUUACUUCGAUCUUCGAACUUUAGCGGAGGCGAACGAUCUGACGUUCCCCAGUGAACCGUUGAGCAUAGAAAGAGCUCAGAAACUGGAAGCAAUGUCCAGAGUAAUGGCGGACAAAUACACCCAAGAAGCUAUCAAGAACGGCUUGAAGAAAUGGUCCAGUUUGGAUAAUUUGACGAACGGUACGGCAGCGAGAAGGUCCAUCGCCAUUUUGUCGUGAUUGGUGUUAUUUUCCUUUUUAUAAUUCUUAAGAAGCAUUCGAAGCAUUCUCACUGUAACACAAUUGUAAACAAUUCACGGAAAAACAAAUAUGCUUUUUAAAAAAGCGGUAAUAAACCACAACUACUUGGUUGUAAUUUUUUAGUAUAUACAUGCAUGGUAUGUAAAAAUGUAGUAAAAAAAAAGUAUUGAGCUAAUAGUACCUAAUGGUAUGUACUCACAAUUUUCUCCUUUAAGAACUACCUCUAUUCAAUACAAAUUUUACACCUCGUUUUAAAGUUGCUCUGGAUCCAUCUUUAUCCAGUCUUAAAGGUGUCUCUGAUAUAGUUAUUUUAUUUUGCCUUUCCCUUUUUAUCAUCACUUAAAAAUUACCUGGUGGUAUUUUUGUAACGAUUUUCUUAUUUGAUACUAAUUCAGUACCUAGAGGUCGAAAACCACAGUUUAUUUCUUCCAUAUUAGCUCUAUCUGGCAUUCUUAGGUAAUUCCAGUCUUUUUGAUAUUGCAAACCAUCAUGGUAUAUGUAGGUACUGUCCUUUAACUUUCCAUUUCUAUAAAACUCCUUCUACACGUUGACCAUUAGGGUAUAUAAGAGUGCUAUUGCCACGAAAUUGUCUAUCCUUAAAAAUUCCUUUGUAUAUGACCCCAUGAAGGGAGUAAUAGGUUCCUAUUCCGGAAAAAUUUAUUUGGUUAUGGGCCAAUUAUUCGAACGCUAAUCAAAGCUUGAUUGUAAUCAAAUAUUUAAUUAAAAUCAAAUACGUCACAUUUUGGAUUUAUGUUGACUCAUUUAUUUUAUUCAAUUUAAUUAUUUUGCGUUAUAAUUUAAAAUAAACCAUAAUUAAAUUCUUUCUGAUGUUAAUUUUAUGUUUUUAUUUACAAAUCUAUAAUAAUAAUAAGCAAUUUUUAAUAAUUUUGACAGCUGCUGUGACGUAUUUGUUUGUAAUUAAAUAUUUGAUUACAAUUAAGUUGCUUGGGAGCUUUACUCGUAUCUUGUGGAAGUUAUUGUAAGGAUAACAGUCAUAUGCAUCAAUUUUUGUGUCACAUUGCAAAAUAGUAAACGGAUAUUUUAUUUUUUUCUUUAUCGAUAACCAAGAAAUAGUGUGGAAAUAAGUGUAUUCAAUGAAAUGUCUCAGUGCCACAGUAGAAGUUACAAAACCAGCACGCCACGUUAUACAAGAUAUGAUUGGAGAGAAGUGAGUUAUAUUUCUUCUGGACCAAUUCACCAUAAAUUGACUAUAGACUUAGAGAAAGAACUUCCACAGGAUACGAGUAAAGCUCCCAAGUAUCUCGUUACAUUUGACGUAUCCGGUACAGAUCAUCUAGUAGAGAAACUGUUGGAAGAAUACAUAACUGACAGCUCCUACAUAGGUACUCAUAACCAAAUAAAUUUUUCUGGAAUAGGAACCUAUUACUACCCUCAUGGGGUCAUAUACAAAGGAACUUUUACGGAUGGACAAUUUCAUAGGAAUGGCACUCUUGCUGAACAACGACUGUUCUUUGGUUUCCGGUUUGUACUAAUGCACACAGGUUUCAUCAACGGUGAUAAAUCGGCGAAAAAAAUCCUUCGGAUCGCGCCGUAUCAUUGCCAAACGCGUCUCCGAAGUGGUCACAUGUUUUUACAUUUGAUCGAUUGUCAGCAAAUGCGGCACCCAUCGCGCGGAUAGCUUUUUCAUGUUCAGAUGAUGGUGAAUGAUGUUUAUUACCUCGCGGAGCUUAAUUUGACGAUCUGUCAUAAUCAUGUCAUGGACUUUGUUGCUCAUUUCCAGCGUAGUGACUUCAUUUGGCCUCCCGGGACGCUGAUCAUCAAAAUACUCGUACGAUCACAAAGAAAUUCAGCUUUCCAAAAUUUUACUGUUGCUAACGAAGGUGCAACCUCCCCAUAAACUUUGUCCAGGUCGGCUUUGAUUUGCACAUUCGUUUUACUCUUUUUGUGGAGGAACUUAAUCACCGAAGAAUACUCGACUUUUUCCAUUUCUCCGAAAACACAAAAUUUGCUUGCAUUUGACGGCUGUAAAAAUCAAACUAAUUGUUUUUAAAACUUAUAAUUUUGACAGACGUCAUGUCAUGAAUGCCAAAUGUCAAUACCGAAACCAAUUCGGUAUAAAGUAGCGCCAUCUAUCAAAGGCUAGUUUAAUAUCAAUCUAUCAUCUUAUGUAUGAAUACAUAAGCAUACUUCGAACACAUCUACCAUGAGCAUACUUCAUGUAAUUAUAUGCAUAAAUUAAAACGUUACAAACCAAGUAUAUUUUUAUAGUUGUAAAAUAUCACUAGAAACAUAGUUUCAAACCCGAUAAGAUCACUAUACCAAAUUCUGUAGUUGUAAUUUCUACAGUUUUAUUAUAUUUAUUUAUGUAUACAAUUGUAAUUUACAAUAUACACGAGUAUUUUUUUAAAUUUUAUUUGCUUCUCAUGCUUCC